AUGCUGAGAAGUGACUCAAAACAAAGCACAUCAUCUGUUCUUUUGGAUAUACCACCUCGCAAACAGUGGACCCACGGCCGUCUUUAUAAUGGCGCUUGGAUAUCACAACAAAUCGUUCGAGAUGUAAACAAGGGUGAAUACUUAAUACACCAUGUGACUCCCGAAGACUACCAACAACGGCGAUCAUAUGGAGGAGGAGAUGGAGGUGAUCCACUAGCCACACUCACGGCACUUAAAUUUUCCUACAUCGCAUGGGAUCAUCAGAACGCAUGUCAACCUCAAUUUCCUGCCUAUUGUUUGUGGAUUAAACGAUGUUUGCUUCAAGGUUUUCCCGUCAUGUUUCGCACAAAAUUUAAUCAGUCCUUUGGUGGUCACAUCAUGCCGAUAACAGGAAUUGAUUAUUCGAACAAGACCACUUAUGAUGAACGGGAUACCAUUUACUAUUACAGUCUAUAUAACGGGCAAAUAAUCAAGCAACCACUAAGUGAACUGGGCAGUGAUCCAGCAGUACGACCUUUUUACUGCAACUGGGGUUGUAUCCCUCUUGAUGUAAGUAUACGUCUUUACCAGUUUUCAUUGUAUAGUCUCGAUAUAUUGGGUGUUACCAAAAAAAUGGCCACUCAGUAUUUUUCAAUUAUUUUCUAAGUCUGUACAAGUUUUGUAUGCUCCAGCAGAAUGUAUCAUCAGUUGUAAGCUUCGCAUUGUCUAACAUCCAUACAAACGAUUUUUGUUCUAACAGGAAGGAAGGACUUCGGUCUGAGUGUAACACACUAGGUACAGAUCUGCAGUUAUUUUCACUUAUUCAUUCAAAGGUAUGCUGGGGAAUCGCUAUCAC